UAUUAUUCUCAUGUUAAUUUCGUGUUUUUACGCUUCAUCGAGUUUUUUGUGACGAAGCUGGAAGCUAAUAUAAUCUUAGAUAUGCAAGCCUUAUAGAACAUUCCUGACACCGAAAGAGCCACGCAGUUUGUUGCUAAAACUCUUCGCGAACAUGGAUCCCGCAGUAUCUGAGGAACAUUUGAAAAAGUGUCGCUGGAUCAAGGUGAACUGGGCAUGGACCAAAAUCGGCAGAGUAAACCUUGGAAUUUUCUUGAGGUUCAACCCAGUAGUGAGUAUUUUGUCGUCCUUUUUUAUUUGGGGCUUCGUAAUUUGGUGCAUGGUCGAGUCAGAAGCCGCGAGCAAAGAGAUGGGAAUUUGGAAGAUGUGGAUCACGGAGAAAUUCACCUGGAUGUACAUCGGAACCCAGGACAUUUGGGCUGUGAUCAUUAUAAUGCUGUACUUCUCUAAGUUCGCCAACAUGAAGCUGGGAAGGGACGACGAGGAGCCGGAGUUCAGUGACGCAUCCUACUUUACGAUGUUGUUUGCGGCGGGUAUCGGAAUUGGUUUGUUCUUCUUUGGAGUUGCCGAGCCGAUUUACCAUUACGUCCCAGGACUUAAUGGAAAUCGUUAUGUCAACAGGUACACGGACAACCAACAGGCACAAGAUGCGAUGAACCUGACCUUCUUUCAUUGGGGAAUCCAUGGAUGGAUUGUGUAUGUGGUUGUCGGUCUGCUUUUGGCUUUCGUGUGCUACAGGCAAGGCCUCCCUAUGACCAUCCGCUCCUGCUUCUACCCACUAAUCGGAGACAAGGUAUACGGAUGGAUGGGGGAUGUCAUCGACAUCCUUUCCGUCGUGGGUACGAUGUUUGGUGUAUGUACAAGUCUAGGCUUAGGUGCCAUGCAGCUCAACACCGGGAUCCACCGUAUCAACAAAGACAUCGCCAUUUCAUCUACCAACCAGAUCAUAAUAAUUUGGUGUGUCACCGCUUGCGCUACAGUGUCUGUGAUCACUGGUUUGAAGCUUGGAAUCAGGCGACUGAGUGAGCUCUGCUUCUCCAUCGGCAUGCUUCUCAUGCUUGUUGUCUUCUUUUACGACGACACAUGGUACCUCCUGAACCUGUAUGUGCAGAGUACCGGCUACUACUUUCAGUGGAUAAUACAGCUUGGCUUUCACACGGAUGCUUUCGCACAAAUGGGAAAUUCCCAGGAUGGGAAGGAGGCUGUCACGUGGAUGGACACCUGGACCAUCUUCUACUGGGGAUGGUGGAUCGCCUGGAGUCCUUUUGUGGGAAUGUUUAUCGCCAAAAUCUCCCGAGGACGUACGAUCAAGCAGUUUAUCAAUGCCACCAUGACGGCGCCCAUCCUGUACUCAUUCUUGUGGCUGACGAUCUUCGGUGGUGCUGGAAUAAGAAUGGAACGUAGAGCUUUCCACGCUGGCAUCACCUGCGCGUCAACUCUUGGAGGUAAAAACUCUACUGAUUCCGACAAUGGCCUGUACCGUCUGUCCUGUCGCACAACUGAUGACAUGUGGUUUGAUUUGAUGGAACAGUAUGGCGACAUUGGCUCAGUGUUGUCCAUAAUUUCUCUGGCUGGCAUUAUUCUAUAUUUCGUGACGAGUUCUGACAGUGGAUCUCUAGUUAUUGACUGCCUCUCUGCAAAUGGUGAUCCAGAUCCCCCAAUUAUUCAGCGUAUCUUCUGGGCUCUUACCGAGGGCGCUACAGCCACAGCUCUUCUGUACGCAGGUGGUUCGGAAGCUCUAACAGCCCUGCAGACCGUUUCCAUUGCAGCUGGGGUCCCUUACACCAUACUGCUGUGUUUCAUGUGCGUUGCCUUAUGGCGCGCUGUCCAAGUCGAAGGUGGAGCCCUGGAUCCUAAUGGCCCGCAAUUUUCUGUCGACCUUCUGGAGGUGUUCUCUAAACCCACACUCGAGAUGAUUAUAAGUACCAUCAUCGCCGUAUUUUUUCCAUGGUUCCCCAUGGGCCGUGCUGCACACAGGCUGAACGACUGCAAGGGGAGUCGAGUGCCAUACAUGCUGUCCUUGGCUAUUCCAUUCUACUUGUGGGUCCUGGGGAUGGCCCUCGAACCUGCCGUAGAGGGAAUUAGCUACCUGGCCUGGGCUGUGUUAUUUGCGUUCUUCGCGUACGGCUCUGGAAUCCGCUUGGGUAUACGAGAGAGGUAUGGAAUCAAUGGCAACAUGGUUGAGGACUUCUUUGCUGUGAUGCUGUUGUACCCUUUUGCAGCUUACCAGAUGGAUCAGCACAUGAGCAAUCCACCCAUGUCCUUGGAAGAAAAUGGCCUUGAAAAAUAUGACCACGGAAAAGGUGCUGCAUACCAGAACCAGGGAGCUGACUUUCCGUUGGAGAAAGUGGACACUGCUUUUUAAAGAAAUGCACGUUUUGCAUGUUUUUCUGUUUGAGAAAAAUGAAUGACUUUUUUGCGUUUGGACUUACUUAGCUCAGUUGCGUUGUAGAAAAUUUACAUUUGUAUAAUGACAGGUUUUAAUGUCCAAUUAACUGCCAACGAUUUUGAAGUCUAACCUAUGUUUCUUUGUUUGUGAAUGAAAGGAGAGAGCAUGGGUUGUUACAUGUAGACAAAACUCCUCUUUACACCGGCUCUAAUUCUUUGUUUUUACGCUCCGUCAAGACCUUUCAUUUGAAUACCGUCUGCGAUUAUGGGGCUACCAUAACAAAGAAGAGUUUCUUAAGUAGUGUAAUAAGGAAACUACAUUUUUAGAUUUUUAAUUUUAAUCGAGCUGGUAAGCGAGUAUAAGGCAUUUGUCUUCCAGGACUAUUCCUUUGAAAGUUGUCAAAAUAGUUUGAUGCGAACAAAAGAUGGUUCCGUGAAAGCUAAAUGAGCUUCAAAAUAUAUUUUUCUCAAAGAGUGAUCGUCUCGAUUGUAUAAGAGUUUAGGCAAAUGAUAUCCAUUUUGAAGUCAUGCGAUGAUAUGACCUAGUAGCGACGUACAUUUUUUUCGUUAUUACCCGAUGAACACUUUCUUUAGUCAGAGACACUCCAUUAUAUUUCAAUCAGGUAGGAUGUUAAUAUUCAUUUCAAAACUUUGCUUAAUAAAAUGUUUUCUUAACUGCA